GUACUUUCAUUGUCUUUUUUGACUAGUCUAUUUAGCUUUCUCUUGUUUUUUUCUUUUUUUUGGGUGAAUAUUAGCUCUCUUGUUAAACCCCAUUUUCUAGAAUAUCCAAAGGUUCCAUCUUUGAAAACCCAGAAAUAUUUAUGAACUUGUGAAUUUGGGUAUUGCUUGUUUUUGUGAGUUCUUCAUUGGUUGAUUCAUGGGUCAGUCAAGGUUCAUUGAUUUUCUCUUUGUGCUUUUGACUUGCUUUACUUGUUUUUCUUCUUCUUUUGGAGAUCAAAAUUUGGAUAAAAUCACAGAGUUACCUGGACAGCCAAAGAAUGUUGACUUCAAUCAAUAUUCAGGGUAUGUGACUGUAAAUGAAGAAGCUGGGAGGGCAUUAUUUUACUGGUUUAUUGAGUCACCAUUGAACCGUAGACCUGAGACAAGGCCACUUAUUUUAUGGCUUAAUGGAGGACCUGGUUGCUCUUCAGUUGCUUAUGGAGCAGCUGAAGAGAUUGGUCCUUUUCGUAUUAGACCAGAUGGCAAGACACUUUACUCCAAUCCUUAUGCUUGGAACAAGUUGGCAAAUACACUAUUCCUUGAAUCUCCAGCUGGUGUUGGUUUCUCAUACACAAACACAACAUCAGAUUUAUACACUUCUGGUGAUAAGAGAACUGCUGAAGAUGCAUAUGUUUUUCUGGUUAAUUGGCUUGAAAGGUUUCCACAGUACAAGUAUAGAGAUUUCUAUAUUGCUGGAGAAAGUUAUGCAGGUCAUUAUGUUCCUCAAUUGGCUCAAAUUGUUUAUGAAAGAAACAAAGGGGUUCAGAAUCCUGUUAUCAAUUUCAAAGGAUUUAUGGUCGGAAAUGCUGUUACCGAUGACUACCAUGACUUUGUUGGCACAUUCGAGUACUGGUGGACUCAUGGUUUGAUAUCUGAUUCCACCUAUCGAAACCUGCAAGUUGCCUGUGACUUGGGAUCAGCUACACAUCCCUCCUCAGAAUGCACAACUGCUCUUGAAGUUGCCGAAGCGGAGCAAGGAAACAUCGAUCCAUAUAGCAUCUUCACACAACCUUGUGCAGAUACCACAUCGUUAAGACGCAACUUAAGGGGUCAUUACCCAUGGAUGUCAAGAGCUUUUGAUCCAUGCACUGAGAGGUACUCGAAAGAGUAUUUUAAUCGCCCUGAAGUUCAGAAGGCACUUCAUGCAAAUGUAACUGGUAUUCCUUAUCAAUGGGAAACUUGCAGUGAUGUUGUUGGAUAUAACUGGACGGACUCUCCUCUCUCUAUGCUUCCUAUAUACCAAGAACUAAUUGCUGCUGGUAUUCGGAUAUGGGUAUACAGUGGAGACACUGACGCAGUGGUUCCGGUGACUGCAACUCGAUACUCCAUUGAUGCCCUGAAACUACCUACCAUUAACAAGUGGCAUCCUUGGUAUGACAAUGGCAAGGUUGGUGGGUGGAGCCAAGAAUACAAAGGGCUGACAUUUGUGACAGUAACCGGAGCAGGUCAUGAGGUUCCACUGCAUCGUCCUCGUCAAGCUUUCAUUCUUUUCAGAUCAUUCUUGGAGAACAAGUCAAUGCCAAGUUACUUGUAUUCAUUAUCCGCCGUGAAUAAGUGGAAAGAGUUUUAGACUAGUUCAUAAAUCGGGUUGCGGAAAUAAAAAAUAAUAUAAGUUGUAAAAUGAUAAACUACUAGCCCGAUUAAACUCUGUGCAAUCAUUGCUACUUGCCCGUAUCUAUUUUCAUUGCAAGGGUCACAAAGAUAAUCUAAAAUUUCUUAUUUCAA